AUUACGUGCCCCGGAAACGACGAGCGACUUCCGUCCCCCGGCGCACGGCAAGCAACAUUUGUGCUAAUUUCCUCCCCAAAACAAACUAUCUAUUCACCGGUUAUCCGUCGCGUGGAUGUUUCUAUAAGUAGCUGCCGUUCAUCUCUUAAGGGUCCAGCAGCGAAGCCAUGGCGUCUCCGGGGGGACAAGGAGGAGGAGCCGUGUCGACGAGAGGAGCCAGCGGGGCCAGGAGGAUGAAGUGGGCCCUGGAGCUGAGCCUGGGCAACAGCAGGAGCCGCGCUGACCGACAGGGCGGUCAGGGAGACGUCGUGUACCCCAUCGGGUACUCUGAGAAACCCAUCCCCGACACCAGCAUCCAGGAGACGGACAAGAACCUGGUGGAGAAGCGCUGUUGGGACGUGGCUCUCGGGCCCCUGAAGCAGAUCCCCAUGAACCUGUUCAUCAUGUACAUGUCGGGCAACACCAUCUCCAUCUUCCCCAUCAUGAUGGUGUGCAUGAUGGCCUGGAGGCCCAUCCAGGCGCUCAUGUCCAUGUCCGCCACCUUCAAGCUGUUGGAGAGCUCCAGUCAGCAGUGGCUGCAGGGCCUCGUCUACCUGGUCGGUAACCUCCUGGGCUCGGCGUUGGCCAUCUACAAGUGUCAGUCGAUGGGGCUGCUGCCGACGCACUCCUCUGAUUGGCUGGCUUUCAUAGGACCGCCUCAGAGGAUGGAGAUCAUGGGCGGAGGGAUGGUGCUGUGAGGAGGACGCAGCUCACUCGGAUAUUCACGGCGGAUUCAUUCUCCACGAGACGCCCGGCGUGCCAGCGGCGAGAUGUGUGUGUGUGUGCGCGCUGUUUUCUGCCACGCACACACACAUUUAGUCUGCCUCGAAGCGGUCACGUUUCAUCACUUCGUCUCGCUGCUUCAUGUUUUUAGAUCUUCGCUUGCUGCCCGUUCAUAUUUUAAUAAAGAGAUUAAAAGCCAGCAGACGAUCAAGUUGAACUUUAUUCUUCUCUUCCAGUUGUAACGACAGUCGCAGGUUAAUUUACAGAAAACAGAACCCAGUUUUUAGGGGGUUAAUGUCGCUAAUACCGAACUUAAUAACUCAUAACAUUUUCUCACAAUGUCUUCUUAGGUUUCAGAUUUUUUCUAUUGUUUUGUUUCUAAUUUUGUUUUCUUUUACGAACCUGUUUUAAUUCAUACUUCUAUACCACAUAACAAAUAAAACCUUUUUUUCUGGCUCUAA